UCUGUUGAGCUGUUGUUUGUGUCUGUAUUGCUGUAGACAGUGAAAUGGCUGAAGCCAGUGUUUUUUCAGUGGAGCAGUUCAGCUGUCCAGUGUGUCUGGAUCUCCUGAAGGAUCCUGUGGCCAUUCCCUGUGGACACAGUUACUGUAUGAGCUGCAUUACAGACUGCUGGGAUCAAGAGGAUCAGAAGAGAGUCUACAGCUGUCCUCAGUGCAGACAGACCUUCAGUCCAAGACCUGCUUUAGCUAAAAACACCAUGCUGGCUGAAGUGGUGGAGAAACUGAAGAAGACCAAAUUAAAAGCUGCUGUUCCUGCUGGAUCUGGAGACGUGGAGUGUGACAUCUGUACUGGAAGAAAACACAAAGCUGUCAAGUCCUGUCUGGUGUGUCUGGAGUCUUACUGUCAAACUCACUUUGAGCGUCAUGAAGAGUUUCGUUCAGGAAAGAGACACAAAGUGACUGAUGCCACUGGACGACUGCAGCAGAUGAUCUGCCAGAAACAUGAGAAGCUUCUGGAGGUUUUCUGUCGUACUGACCAGCAAUGUGUUUGCAUGCUGUGUGCAAUGGAUGAACAUAAAAACCAUGAGACUGUGUCAACUGCAGCAGAGAGGACAGAGAAAGAGAAACACUUGAAGGAGACACAGAGUGAAAUCCAGCAGAGAAUCCAGCAGAGACAGAAAGAUCUUGAGCAGCUGAGAGACGCUGUGGAGUCUCAUAAGCGCUCUGCACAGACAGCAGUGGAGGACAGUGAGAGGAUCUUUACUGAGCUCAUCCGCUCCAUUGAGAGAAGCCGCUCUGAGGUGACACAGCGGAUCAGAGAUCAGGAAAAGACUGCAGUGAGUCGAGCUGAAGGACAAAUGGAGCGACUGGAGCAAGAGAUUGAAGAUCUGAAGAAGAGAAACACUGAGCUGGAGCAGCUUUCACACACAGACGAUCACAUCCAUUUCCUGCAGAGUCUUCAGUCUCUCUCAGCUCCUCCUGAAUCUACAGAAAACAUCUCUGACAGUUUCCUCUUUUCUUUUGAUGGAGUGAGAGAAUCUGUCCGUCAGCUGAGACUCAAACUGGAGGAUUUCUGCAAAGAGGAGAUGAAAAAGAUAUCUGUCAGUAACAUUGUUCCCAGGAGCAGAGAGGACUUCCUACAAUAUCGUCAUCAGUUCACUCUGGAUCCAAACACUGCACAGAAACAUCUCUGUCUGUCUGAAGGGAACAGAUUGGUGACUACCACUGACACAGCUCAGCCGUAUCCUGAUCAUCCAGACAGAUUUGAUUAUUAUCGUCAGGUGUUGUGUAGAGAGAGUGUGAGUGGACGCUGUUACUGGGAGCUGGAGUGGAGUGGGACUGGUGUGAAUAUAUCAGUGUCAUAUAAGAGCAUCAGCAGGAAGGGAUCUGGUAAUGAGUGUGUGUUUGGACGUAAUGAUCAGUCCUGGAGACUGCACUGCUCUUCCUCUAGUUUCUCAUUCUGUCACGAUAACAAACAGACUAAACUCCCUGUUUCCUCCAGCUGCAGGAGAAUAGGAGUGUAUGUGGAUCACAGAGCAGGAACUCUGUCCUUCUACAGCGUCUCUGACUCAAUGAACCUCAUCCACACAGUCCAGACCACAUUCACUCAGCCGCUAUAUCCUGGGUUUAUGGUUUGGGAUUCAGUCAAACUCUCUGAUCUGACAACAUAAAUACAGACUGUGAUUCUCUGUCUAUAUUGUUUGAUUCACAAAAUGUGAGCAGAGGUCUAAUUACAAGCAGUAUCUUUAAUAACACACAGAAACAGUCUCGCCCCUUAAAACAGCUCGUUUUAGACAGAAUAAGGUUUGAAAAUAAUAAUUAUCUACAUUUAUUUAUUUUUUAGCAAAACACUUUAUUAACAUUACUAACAGAAGUAAACCUUAAGGUACAUACUGACAAAAGUAAAAAAUCUCUCUUGACCCCUU